ACAACAAUUUGACACCACCUCGCAUGCAAUGGUAGUCAAAUGUCAAAAAACAGCUGUGCGUCGUUUUAGUUCUGUGCAGAUUUAAUGUUUUUACGUUUGAAAAUUCGGUAUGCAUUGCAUAUUUGCAAUUGCACAACACAACCAAUGAGCCUACUUAAGUGCAAACAUGUGACAAAAAGUUUUUCUUACAGCAGUCAUGAGGCGAAAAUCAUCGAUGGAAAGGCUAUUGCCGACAAAAUUAAGAAUGAGCUCAAGGAAAAGAUUGCGGAUUAUGUAGCACAGGGAAAUCGUGCACCAAGGCUAACCGCUAUUUUAGUUGGCACGGAUCCAGCUAGCCAGACAUAUGUAAAAAAUAAGAUGCUCGCUGCUAAAACCGUUGGUAUAAUUAGCAACACCAUCGAUUUGCCUGAUACUACUAGCCAGGAGGAGCUUUUACAGUACAUUGGGAAGUUAAAUGAAGAUACGACUGUUGAUGGUAUCCUAGUUCAGUUACCUGUACCGGAUCACAUUGAUGAGCAUACCAUUUGUAAUGCUAUAGCGCCGUCGAAAGACGUUGAUGGUUUUAACGAGAUAAAUGUCGGUCGCUUAGCACUCGAUAUGAAGAGCAUUGUACCAGCAACACCAUUGGGUGUGUAUGAGUUGUUACGACGGACCGAAAUACCCACAUUCGGCAAAAAUGUAGUGGUAAUUGGACGUUCCAAGAAUGUAGGCAUGCCAACAGCGAUGCUGUUACAUACAGAUGGUCGACAUGUGUCGAAGGGUAUGGAUGCCACAGUAACCAUAUGUCAUCGCAAUACGCCACCUGAGCAACUUAAAAAACAUUGUCAGAAUGCUGAUAUAAUAAUUACCGCUGUUGGCAAGCCGGGACUUGUGCGCCGUGAUAUGGUUAAGGCUGGUGCUUGCGUCAUAGAUAUUGGUAUAACACGCAUACCCGGAGCAGAGCCAGGUAAAACCAAGCUUGUCGGUGAUGUCGAUUUUGAAGAAGUGCGUAAAGUGGCUGGCCACAUAACGCCGGUGCCAGGCGGAGUUGGACCGAUGACAGUGGCGAUGUUAAUGAGCAAUACAUUCAUGGUAGCACAGACACUCGCUAAGACGAAACUUUCCACUAGUUUCGUCAGCGAUUAGACUCUUCGCAGUAGAAAAUUUAUUUAAAAUUAUAGUUUUACUACUAAAGUAUUUUUUGUUUCUUAUUUUACUAUCAUCUAAUAUGUAAUUAAUAUGCUAAAUAUGUAUAACAAAAGAUACAUACAAUGUAUGUAGUCAUAAGAUAUAUGUAUACAUACGUACAUAUGU